GUGAACUUCAAUUUCAUCGUCCCUGUUGGUCCUAGCUUCGGCAUCAUGUGUCUGCUUACCGUUAUUCAUCAUGAUCAAAAAAUUUCCGGCUUCGCAACAACACGUAUCUGUUUUGGGUAAUCAAUUCGGCUCAGCUACGAAUAGACACGGAAUCGGAACAGAGUUCUCCCAAAGGUAAUCUGUGUCAACAUCCCGCGCCAGUCUCCUACUUCUGCUACUUUACCUCUUUCUCGAGCAAAAUCUCUGUAAGGGGACAUACUACCAGUCCAAGGGCAUCAUUCUGUUCCUGGUUUUCCAGAAGACUGUGGACCGAAUAUCGUGCCAUUGGCAUCGAACCGAGGUUCUGAGAUCACUUGACUGAAAGGGCUCAACACAAGCGAAAGUCAACAAUCCUGAACUGAAGCUCCUUCAAAAAGAUCUUUUAAGAUCCCCACACAUAAGUUCUAUCGAAUUACUCAUCAAACCAUUUACAAUCAUGGCCUCACCACCCACCCUCGAGUUCUCCAAUCUCAGCUCCGCCGUCUCCGUGUACACACCGCCACAUCCACCUACAUCAACAUCAACCGCAUCACCAACCUCCAACCCAACAACAACAAUCCUCUGCCAAUGGAUGGGCGCCUCCUCCCGCUCCCGCUCCCUCUCCACCACCCACCAGAAAUACCACACCCUCUACCCCACCUCCACCAUCCUCACCCUCCGCUCCCUCCCCUCCUACUUCCUCAGCACCCCAACCUCCACUCGCCUCGAGGGAUUCUCUCCCAUCGUCCCAGUCAUCGACAGUGCUCCCACCCCGCGCAUCCUAGUCCACCUCUUCAGCAACGGCGGCGCCUUGACCUUCACGGAUAUCUGUACUGUGUACAAACGCCAAACUGGGAAGAUCUUACCCGUGCAAGCUAUCAUCUUGGACAGCGCGCCGGGCAAACCAACUAUUCAGCAGAGUUGGGAGGCGCUAUCGAUUGGGAUGCCCAGGGGGUGGAUGUGGUAUCCGUCUGCGGCGGUGUUUGCUUUUCUCUUGGGGGCUGGAGCCGUGGGCAGGAGUGUAUUUGGGGUUUAUGGGCUUGUUUAUAAGACUCCUGGACUACUGGAUGAUGGGACUUUGGUUGAUGGGAGGGCGAAGAGAUUGUAUGUUUUUAGUGAGGGGGAUGCGUUGGUUGGGUGGAGGGAUGUGGAGGCGCAUGUGGAGGAGUUUAAGAAGAAGGGUGGGGAGGUGAUGGUUUUGAGGGAGAGGGAUACGCCGCAUGUACAGCAUAUUACGUUGGAUGCUGAGAGGUAUUGGGAGAAUGUGGAGGAGUUGUGGAGGAGUACGGUGCCUGCUACGUGAAGUAGAUCGUUGGAUCUUUUGAAGAUAUUCCUUUCAAAGGCUGGACGUGUGGAGUAAUAGCACGCAGCUGGCCUAACAUUAUUAUUUUCCGAGUACCAAGUUCUAUUCUCUGCUGUCAUGUUUAGACAUUCCAUUUAUUAUGUUAUUCGAUUUGGUUAACACUACAGGAUUUACAUGGAGUAAGGAUGGAAGAGGCAUCGAAGAGUAGUAUCGACGCUGCGCAACCGACACGGAAGAGUUUGACUAUUGAGCGAAAAAUGGGAUGUAUAUACGUCUAAAUGGCUUUAUAGAUCGGUGACUGGUUGAGAGGGGUUGUAUAAGACACAGAGAGAGAGCUGAGAGGAGAAGGAGAGGAAGUUGACCUUGGUGUACUUAAGGAGUGGUGGUGGAGUAAUGGUUUAAUUUAGCAAAUUGGAUAUGGAGACUGGUUACGAGUUCGAGAAGAGUCUGGACAGGUUGGCAUAUAGUAGGUAAAUAAUUUCGGUAGCUGUUCAGAAUGCUGAACUUGCCACUGAAGUUUUGGCGCGAGGCUUCCAAUAUUGCCAGCCCAUUCUUCCCGAUUCGAUACAACACUUGGGUUGGCUUUCGAGAUCAUCAUUAUAAAUAGUGUAGUGCUAGUAAAGGUAUAACAGUGG